AUGACCAAAGCCCCCUAUGCCUCUGUGGCCUGGCUUUCUCAAAGCAGCAGGGCCACCAAGGAUGUUCCAGAGGCCCCCAACUCUACUAGCCCUAUUGGGCCGAUCCAGGGCCAGCCAAGGGGGGCAGAAGGGCCUCCAACCCUGGGGCAGGUUCCCCCCAAGACCCAAGGGACCCCUCCCUCUGGAGCCCAGACUUUGGGGCUCUCUGCUUCCUCUCCUGCAGCCCUGGUGGCUCCCAAGAGGGAAUGGAGUGCUUCCGAGUGCAGUUCUGAUGGGGAAGGCAGCCUCUCAGAGGGCCAGAGGCCAGAGCCUGGCAGCAGUGGCGGGAGGAGCACAGGCAGCCGCCGGUUGCGCACUGCCUUCAGCCUGGAGCAGAUCAGCACAUUGGAGAGCUCCUUCAAACGACACCGGUACCUGGGUGCGGCUGAGAGACGCAAGCUGGCCACCAAGAUGCAGCUCUCCGAAGUCCAGAUCAAGACCUGGUUCCAGAACCGGCGGAUGAAGCUGAAGCGCCAGAUGCAGGAGAUGAGAUCGGAGGCUUACCACACAGUUCCAUUUUACAGUCCUCUUCCUUUUGGCCCCCAGAACGGGCCCUUGUCCUAUGUUUAUUCACCCCACCAGCAGACUUUGAGCCGGAGGGAAGCACCCAUCCCUUCAGGCUUGCCUUUGCCACCACUACCAGCUCCUCUGGUUGAUCCCAGAAACGCCUCAGCAGGGCAGCCAGGAACCCUUUGGCCAUUGCCCUUGCCUUACGUUAUGGGAUACCAAGACCCUAGAACUGUAUUCAUGACCCUUUGA